CCUCACACCUCUCCUACAAACACACCUCUUCUACUCUCUGUACCACUCUAUCUCCUGUACAAUGUCUGCUGCCAGCUCCCUCUCCCCCUACAACGUCACCCCCGUCCCCGACACCGACGAUGACAAGCUCAUGCAAAAGUACAUCCAGGACAGGCGUGUCAUUGGUUACGACCCCCUGAUCCAGCCCGCUCUCCUCCGCCACGAGAUCACCCCCACCGAGGCCUCCCAGCUCACCAUCGCCUCUGCCCGCUACAACUCGGCACGCGUUCUCGCAGGCCAGGAUGACCGUGUCAUCGUCAUCGUCGGCCCCUGCUCUAUCCACUCUCCCGAGCAGGCUGUCGAGUACGCCAAGCUCCUCAAGGCCAAGAUGCCCAACUGGAACAACCUUCUCAUCAUCAUGAGGGCCUACUUCGAAAAACCCCGGACCACCGUUGGCUGGAAGGGCCUCAUCAACGACCCCGACAUUGAUGGUUCCUUCAACAUCAACAAGGGUAUCCGCAUCGCCCGUCAGCUCCUUUGCGACCUCACCGAUCUCGGUGUUCCCGUCGGCUCUGAGCUCCUCGAUACCAUCUCGCCUCAGUACAUUGCCGAUCUCAUCUCCUGGGGUGCCAUCGGUGCUCGUACCACCGAGUCCCAGCUCCACCGUGAGCUCGCAUCCGGUGUCUCCUUCCCCAUCGGCUUCAAGAACGGCACGGACGGCAGCGUCGGCGUUGCCAUCGACGCUAUGCGCUCGUCCUCCAACCCGCACGCCUUCAUGGGUGUCACCGAGCAGGGUCUCGCCGCGAUCGUCAAGACCCGCGGCAACCAGGACGUACACGUCAUCCUCCGCGGCGGCUCCAAGGGCCCCAACUUCGCCUCUGAGCACGUCGUCGCGGCCGCUUCCGCCAUCGAGAAGGCCCGCCCGCACCACCACGCGAGCGUCAUGGUCGACUGCAGCCACGGUAACUCGCAGAAGAACCACAACAACCAGCCCAAGGUCGUCGACGACAUCUGCAGCCAGCUCGCCGCGGGCGACCGCAGCAUCACCGGUGUCAUGAUCGAGUCGAACCACAACGAGGGCCGCCAGGACGUGCCCGCCGAGGGCCCCUCAGCUCUCAAGUACGGUGUCUCGAUCACCGAUGCCUGUGUCGACUGGGAGACCACUAUCGGCAUGCUCGACCGCCUCAACGACGCUGUCGCUGAGCGCCGCAACACGCUCAUGGAGCAGGCCCUCAAGAAGCCCGCCGGCUUCCAGCGCGCAUAAGCCUCUCCAGGCUCCCGGUCGUUUGGGGCCGGGCGCGCGGUGGGGGUUCGUUCCCGGGUCGAUUCUUCAUUGUCCUAAUUCUUCAUGCACGCGCAUCACGGACACUGCAGGAUCUGUGUACAUCUUCUAUCUCUCCCUCUCCCUCCCUCUCUACUAUUAUUCCGUGCAUCUGGCUCUGCUGUCAGGCCAUACCACUCUGUAGAAUUAGCGACUCUAGAUAUUCUUAAAUCUCGUUUUUCCUUUCUCUUUAUUUUUUUAUUCUCUCAUUUUUUCAUUUAUUGCAAUCCCAACCACGCAUAUGUCAACACCAUACACAUCUCCCAUUUGUCGCUAGUACCACAUACAAUAAAUUCGGAGCUGUCUUCGAACUC